AUGGAGAUCUCACCAUCAUCAAAAGAAUCUUCCGCUUCAUCCUCUACAUACUCCGGUCUUACAGUUCAAAAACAAGAAUUCUUGACUCUCUCUAAUGCCUUGAAUCACUCCUUUUCUGUCAAAUUGGAAAGGACCAACUUCCUUCAGAGACGCGCACAAAUGGAGAAUAUCAUCUAUGCAAACGGCAUAGAUGACUUUCUUGAAGGCACCAAUCAAGCUCCAGCGCAGACGAUCUCUGGCUCCACUGCUCUCAACCACGAGUUUGUCCAAUGGUGCAAGAAAGAUCGAUUGAUUCUUUCUUGGAUCUACUCCUCUCUGUCCCCUGAGAUCAUGGCCCAAAUCGUUGGACACACACCGAGCCACACUGCUUGGACUGCCUUGCAACAAAUUUAUUAUUCCUCCUCCUAUGCACGCAUUAUGCAACUCCGCUUAUUGCUUCAGACGAUCAAGAAGGGAUCAAUGACGAUGAUGGACUACAUUCUCAAAGUGAAGAACCUCACGGAUCAACUUGCAGCAAUUUUAGAGAAAAUCUCUUAUCAUGAUCCGCUUCUUUACCUCUUAGCUGGUCUCAGUUCUGAUUAUUACUCAUUUGUUGUUUCUGUCACUUCCAAAAGCAAGGGAAUAUCGUUCGAACAAGCCUCCAAUCUUCUUUUUGCUCACGAAUCCAGACUCGAGCAACAGAACUCCAUUGACGAAUUGACUACGAUUGCGGCUAAUGCUGCCUAUAGACACCAAUCAAAUUCAUGA